UGCAAAUUUUUAUUUGACAGAUGUGUAGCUAUGGAAGCAUACGUUCUGCUCCUGCUGGUUAAAGCAGACCAGGAAGCAGCCAUAAGAGAUCUGUUUUUGCAGCAUGGAUGGCCCUUCAGCAAAACUGGAUCAAGGCCUCCUUUCUACGAGGAACUACUGCAUGUAGGCUUUGUAGAAGACCGAGGUCACUCUUAUAAUCGUCCAAAUAUGUCUUCAACGAAUGAAGGUGUUGUAUACCCAAAUGCAGUAACUAACUCUGUUGCUAUGGAAGCAUACAAAAAUCAAGAGCAAACUGUUGAAAUAAUUGCAAGUGACCACCAGGUAUUUGCCAGCAAUGUAGAUUAUUCUAAGCAUGGAGUGUCAGAAAACAACAUAAAAGCCAAUCAGAAAGGUAUUACAGAUAAGCAGCAGAUGGCAUUUGAUCCUGUCAAAAGGCCAGAAGUAGACAGUUUGUCAUUCCAAAGUAAACUUGUAAGUGUUUCUAAACCUGCUGAUAUGAAUUCAUCUCUGUCAGAACAAAAGGUACAUGGAGAAGGGAAAGAAAAUGCACCUCUAAGGACUGAUAGUUCUGAAACAUCGCUAUCCACUCGAUUAUGUCACAAAUUGUUUGAUUUACAAAAGUUUGCAGCUGCACUUGCUGAUAAAAUAUAUGUUUUGCUGAAGUUAAAUGAGGGAGGCCAGCAAGGCCUUCAGUUAAGCAAUAAGGAACUGUUUGAAGUUGUCAUGAGGGCUUGUAAGAAAACUGGUGAUCUUGAAAACAUUGUAUCAGAGGAGAAUUCUAUACCUUAUGGUAAUGAAAAUACAAGUUUUGAAAACAAUUCAUUUUUCACCACUGAGUCAUGUAAAGCAGUUGAAUCAGAUGCAGAAUCAGACAAAACAAUCGAUUUUGAAGAUGAUGCUAUUCAUCUCAAUAAUGAUAUUGUCAAAUCAGAAUUGCAUGGAGAUAGCCGUGAUGUUCAAGAUUUACUUCAACAUAGCGGUAAUCAUAAUAAAUCAAAAAGGAUGAAACAGAACAAUUAUGGAAAAGGUUUGUCAAAAAAUGCUCAUAGAUUGACUAAACUUAAACUAAAGAAAAAUAUUUCACUUAAACAUUCUAAGAAAGUAAAGCAGGAAGUACACAACCCAAAUUCGGCUGUUAUGGACUAUAAUGAAGUCAAGUUGGAAAUUUCCUGUACAGCUUCUGGUAACACACACGAACAAGAUACAAGGAAAUCUAUACAAUCUGUACGGAGGAGGAGAGGUCGGCCAACAAGGCAGGAGAUGAGACAAAGACAGGGCAUACGCCUACUGAAACCUAUGUCUGGAACAGGCUUAAUUAGCAAAGCAAAGCGAUAUUCUGUGAACAGAAACUUUAAACUACACACAUUCCAUAAAAGGUGCCCUGAAGUGCCUUUUGACAUGGACUCUGACAACUACAGUGCCUCUCUCAAUGGUUAUUACUGUUCUGACUGCAAGUUUUUGUUUCAGAAAAAGAACAAGUUGGAGUUGCACAAGAGGGUAAAAGUGAGAGGUGUCUGUGUACCAGACUGUAUUUUUUGUGAUGCGGAAGAAAAUAAAGAGGUCUUUCAAUGUUCUAAAUGUCCAAAGGUGUUUGAGACUAAAGAAUUACUGGACCGUCAUGUUGACAGACAUAAUAUUGAACAGUUUCCCUGCACAUUUUGUUACCAGAUAUUUUACACAAUCCCUGAUCUACAAUAUCAUAAAAAGGUUGAGCACAGUGAUCAAGUUGAGACCCAUCUAUGUGAUCUUUGUGGGUCAAAGUUUAAGGACAAAAAGGUGCUUGUUCAGCACAGAAAGUAUGUGCACUCUGAUGAACGAAAAGAAGAGUGCCCAACAUGUGGCAGGAAGUUUAAAACCAAAAGCCAGUUGAAAAACCAUCUAGUCGUGCAUGUUGAUGCUGAAAGCUUAAACCUGUCAUGUGAAAUAUGUGGGAAGAUGUUCGUAAGGGCCUCUACUCUUAGGGACCAUGUUCGGAGACAUAAGAAAGAAUUCACCUUCUUUUGUGAUGUGUGCAAUAAAGGAUUCUAUCGCAAGGCCGGUAUGGAGGAGCACAAGCGGACACACACAGGAGACAAGCCGUUCACUUGUCGGGUAUGUGGCUACAAGUGUGCACUGAGUUGUAACCUUGUGAAACACAUUCGCACCCAUCAGAAAAAACAGAUGGUUGCGGAAAACCAGUUUGUGCCUGGCAAAGCACUCUACAUGCAGACUUACAUUGCCUCAUAAGUAGGAUGGCAGAUUCUAUCUAUCAGUUCAGAGAUGGUUGUCGAAAUAAUUUUGGAAGGUGCUAUGUUUGAUAAAUCCUAAACAACAGUGCAUUGUUUAAUGUAAGGUAAAAUGUUCAGUAUCUUUAAUUAGUGAUGUCGUUAUAUGUAUAAUUAUGGAAUAUAAUCAAAGAACUGUUGAUCGAUAAGUGUAUCAAUUACAUGUAUGAAUAUGGACCCUUUUUACUUUAGUUAGUUUGUUAAAAUAUCAAUGUUCCUAUGUAUAGCUGUGCCUUUUCUUUUCUUUUCUUUUGGAACUUGACUCUUUUUUAUACAAGUUCAUUUAUAUCAAUAUGUGAAUUUGGGUAUUAUAUCCGUAAGAUUAUUUUUCCAGCAUGUGGAGUCAUAUUAGGUUUGCAUUAGCUUAGUUUUAGGGGCAAGAAUUGCCUCCAAUAUUGAGGUAUAGAUCUCUAGAAAUGAUUUUUUAGGACCCAACUAAUGAACACGGCCAAUAUACAAUGUAAGUUUUAUACCUUCGAAGAUACAGGUCUACUGGGCGAGUACCUAAAUCGGAACACUUUGGCCACUAUUUUUGAAAUAUUUUAAGUUAGACUUGCACCACAACUACAAAAUUUUCCACCAGCAUACUAGGAUUCAAGACCAAUUGGUUGAUAUCAACGGCAUUUUUCAAGAUACUACCAAUCUGAAUAAAAAGUGCUUUAUUAACCACAAUGUUGAAGACAGCCAUUUUCGUCCUUUCGUUAUUUAUUUUUAUGUAUUCUUUUAAAAUUAUUGCUCCAUGUUUUGUUUAAGUAAAUUGAUAAUUUAUGUUAUUUCCAGCUUGUCUUUUAUUGUCAUUUUUUGUCAGUAAAAUUUGAUGGUUUCAGUAAAAUACAGGCUGUACCAAUAUGCUGUGAUUGUGGCAAGCAUUUAGUCUUUCCCCCACAUGCCAUGUAUUGACAUUUGAACAUGAAAAACUUUAAAUGAUCGCAGUAUUUGAAAUACUUACCGGAGAAUCGUGUACCUUGGAACUUGUAUCUGAAGCAAGCGUCUUUAUUGAUUAAAAUCAUAUAAACUGAUCUUGAUAAAAAAAAAAACUUUUAUAAUGGGUGUUCCAUAUUUAGGUACUGUUCCGAUUUAGGUACUCGCCCAGUAUAUUACUUUUGCAUGACCAAAAGUUGUUAAACGAAAGCUUGUACGUUUGAUAACUGGAGUGAACUUGGUAGGGAGGUUGGUCAUGACCAGCAAAUGACCCUAUCGAUUUUGAGGUCAGUAGGUCAAAGUGAUGACCUUGAACAGUAUGCCUAGGCAUACAUUCCUCAAACCUGGUAAAGAGGUUGGUCAUAGCCAGCAGAUAACUCCUAUUGAUUUUGAGGUCAGCAGGUUAAACUCAGGGCCACAGUAACCUUGAAGACAAAAACCUUGACUGAUACAAUAAAAAGAGAACGCUUGGACCUGAUGUCCUCAAACCUUGUUAAGAGGUUUGUCAUUCAAGACCUUAAAUUACCCAAUAGACAUUAAAUAGUCUAGAACUAUAGUCUACACUAGGUUCAAUGUUGCAAUGUUACAAAGGCAUUAAAUAUACAUUAAUUUAAUAACAUUAAAGUAAAAAAUAUGUAAGUUGUAAUGAUCAAUAUUGGAAUAUACAAGAGAAAUAAGUUGGUAUAAAACGUGACAGUAAUUUGUAUGCAAUUUUUAGUAUUUGUCCAGUUUAAUAUGAUUAUUAUGCCCCCCUUCGAAGAAGAGGGGUAUAUUGCUUUGCACAGGCAUGUCGGUAUGUCGGUCGGUCGGUCGGUCGUUCGGUAGACCAAAGCUUGUCCGAGUGAUAACUCAACAAUUCCUGGACGUAUGGUCAUCAAACUUCACAUGAAGGUUGGGCCUGACCAGUAGAUGACCCCUAUUGAUUUUGGGGGUCAUCGGGUCAAAGGUCAAGGUCAAAGUGACCUUUAAUGGUAAAAUAAUUUUAAAGCUUGUCCGAGUGAUAAAUCAACAAUGCCUGCACCAAUGACCCUCAAACUUGACAUGGAGGUUGGGCCUGACCAGUAGAUGACCCCUAUUGUUUUGGGGGGUCAUCAGGCCAAAGGUCAAGGUCACAGUGACCUUGAAUGGUAAAAGGUCGUCCGAGUGAUAACUUGACAAUGCCUGCACCCAUGGCCCUCAAAUUUGACUUGGAGGUUGGACCUGACCAGUAGCUGACCCCUAUUGUUUUUUUGGGCUCAUCGGGUCAAAGGUCAAGUUCACAGUGACCUUGAAUGGUAAAAGGUUGUCCGAGUGAUAACCCAACAAUGCCGGCACCCAUGGCCCUCAUAAUUGAAUUGGAGGUUGGGCCUGACCAGGAGAUGACCCCUAUUGUUUUUGGGGGUCAUCGGGCCAAAGGUCAAGGUCACAGUGACCUUGAAUGGUAAAAGGUUGUCCGACUGAUAAUUCGACAAUGCCUGCACCCAUGGCCCUCAUAAUUGAAUUGGAGGUUGGGCCUGACCAGUAGAAGACCCCUAUUGUUUUUGGGGGUCAUCGGGCCAAAGGUUAAGGUCACAGUCACCUUGAAUGGUUAAAGGUUUUCCUUGUGAUAACUUGACAAUGCCUGCACCCAUGGCCCUCAAACUUGACUUGGAAUUGGGCCUGACCAGUACAUGACCCCUUUUGUUUUUGGGGGUCAUCUGGCCAAAGGUCAAGGUCACAGUCACCUUGAGUGGUAAAAGGUUGUCCGAGUAAUAACUCGACAAUGCCUGCACCCAUGGCCCUCAAACUUGACUUGGAGAAUUGGCCUGACCAGGAGAUGACCCCUAUGGUUUUUGGGGGUCAUCUGGCCAAAGGUCAAGUUCACAGUGACCUGGAAUGGUAAAAGGUUGUCCGAGUGAUAACUCGACAAUGCCUGCACCCAUGGCCCUCAAACUUGACUUGGAGGUUGGGCCUGGCCAGAAGAUGGUCCCUAUUGAUUUUAGGGGUCAUUGGGCUAAAGGUCAAGGUCACAGUGACCUGGAAUGGUAAAAGGUUAUCCAAGUGAUAACUCGACAAUGCCUGCACCCAUGGCCCUCAAGGUUGACUUGGAGGUUGGGCCUGGCCAGAAGAUGGUCCCUAUUGAUUUUAGGGGUCAUUUGGCCAAAGGUAAAGGUCACAGUGACCUUGAAUGAUAAAAGGUUGUCCAGUGAUAACUCAACAAUGCCUGCACCCAUGGCCCUCAAACUUGACAUUGAGGUUGGGCCUGACCAGUAGAUAACCCCUAUUGAUUUAAUGGGGGUCAAAGGUCAAGGUCACAGUGACCUUGAAAGCGACCUCGACAAUUCCUGGACCUAUGGUCAUCAAACUUGACAUGAAGGUUGGGCCUGCCCAGUAGAUGACCCCUAUCGACUUUGGGGGUCAUCAGGCCAAGGUCAAUGUCACAGUAACCUUUAACGCAAAAAAGUUAACAAAUCUUCUCCCACUGAUAUCUCAACAAUGCCUGAACCUAUGAUCAUUAAACUUGACAUGGAUGUUAAGCCUGACCAGUAGAUCACCCUUAUUGAUUUUAGGAUUCAUAGAGCCAAAGGUCAAGGUCACAGUGAUCUUGAAUGGUAAAAGGAUGUCAGAGUGAUAACUCAACAAUGCCUGAACCCAUGGCCUUCAAACUUGACUUGGAGUUGCAUCUGACUUGUAGAUGACCCCUUAUGAUUUAAGGAGUCAUUGGGUCAAAGGUCAAGGUCACAGUGACCUUGAACGAAAAAAAACUUGUCUGUGUGAUAACUUGACAAUGCCUGCACCCAUGGCCCUCGAACUUGACAUUUAGGUUUCUGGUGACCAGCUGAUGACUCUGGAUUUUGAGUUCAUAGAGUCAAAGGUCAUGGUCAUAACACACUCUAUCCUCACACUUUAAUGGUCAUAAUCUGAAAACUGCCUUAAUGGCAACAAAUCAGCUGUCAUUUAGGACCAUGCAUAUUUCAUUCAAUUGUCCAUAUAAUCCUGACAACAUGGCGCUCAGGGGGGGGGGGGGGGGCAUAAUGUUUAUCUUUAAGUUAGUUUGAUAAUGCAGCACUAUUUUUAUAUUCACAUUAAAAUGAGAUGUAGUCAUACAUAUUGAAUGUGUACAUUUUGUGUAGGGGGAAUGGGCCAGUAAUAUCCAGUGACAGUUUAUAGGAAUGAAUAUCUGGAUGUACCUGUACCAAAACAGUACCAUCAUUUAAGGUCUAUGGAUUUAAAUUAUUCUAAUUCUGAAAAUUGAUGAUUGAUGAAUUGCUCAUAUACCAAAAAACAAGACUUUUUAAUUUAUGAAGAAUUUGAUAUACAUGGUACCUGAAAGUAUUUCUUUAUAGUAGAGGCAACUGUACAAAUACUUGCCAAGAUUUAUUUUACAUUAGAACAUUUUUUUAUGAUAAAUUGAUCAAUAUUUUGUGAUUACAUUUUUUAGAGACUUUCAAAAUCCUACCAGGUAGUAACAUACUUUUUUACUUUAACUUUUAAGCUUUACACUAAUUAUUGGAAAUGCUUGUAAAAUUGUUAUUGUUUAUACAUGUAUUGAUAAUUAUCUUAUAAGUAAUUUAAAGAACGUUAUUUAUUCUGAUUAAGUAGAUAAUUUGGAAAAUUAGAGCAUAUAAACAU